UGGGCAUGCUUUCCUGCCUCUUUAAGAUCCUUGGAGGAAAUAUAUUUUUUUGCCCUUUUAAUAUUUCCUUCUCUGGGGGGCUGACUUCCCACAGUGCUAUUAGAAUUAUCUUCCCUCAUUUUAAGUGCUUUGUUUUGGAUCUUUCUGCAAAUGGAGACUUGAGCAGCUGGUAUUAGAUAGGCACACAAUCCCAUUAUAAUCCCAUUUUUAUCUUUAAAAUACAUCAACACCUCCACUGUCUUCUAUGAACCCUUAGGAACAUUCCUAUGUGAAAUCUGGCCAUUUGUUGCAACCUGAGGGAUCUCAGCUUAGUAUAUUCUAUUAUUCUGCAAAGUCUCGCCAGUCACUCCUAUAACUGCAUGUGAAUACCAUGUACUGAAGAACUUGCAAGCACAAUUGUUUCUACAGUUCUGAAGGAGGAAGCCAGCAAUGUUAUUGGAGCUAGUCAUGGCACUGUUGAGAGAAACAUAUCUGAUUUCUUUUUAAGGCUGAAAAAUUACCAUCUCAAAGAAAAGCAAAAUGGGCAAAUCUCCAAACAGUUUUUUGUGUACUGCUAUUAUUCAGUAACUACAACAAGUGCUAUUAGAAUAAUACAAAGAUAAAUUCACCUGAGGAGAGAUUUGUUCUUUCUUUCCUCCAAAAGAAUUAUUUGGCAGCUGGUUUCAGAUAACAACCAUUGUGCAGAGUAAGUGACAAAUGUUCCUUAAAAUGUAGUUGAUAUAACUAAGUUUCAUGCCAUUAAAAAAAGUGUUCUUUUUAACAUUUCUUUGACCAUCACUGAGAAAAAACUUUAUAUUAUAUAACAUUUUGUAGCGAAGUACUAGAUUAAGUAAAAUAGACGAUUACAAUUUUCAAAUAAAGAAAAAUGCUGGUUUAUAAAAACUGAAAAUUAAAAAAAUAAAUAUUACUCUUUUUAUUUAAUUGUGAUUUCAUAAACUGCCACUUUGAAAAUGGAAGAAAUGUAUCAUUGUGGAAAAAAAUCUGGUUCCAGCUUGCUUGCCAUCUUCCCUAUAUUGCAUUUAAAGGUAUCCCAGUCUGUAAUUAUAACAUACAACAUGGUCGUAAUUGCAAGUGCUGUCCCAUAUCUGUAACCAUGAUAUUCUGCUUGGCCAGAGUGUGGGAGAAGAAAAAAAGCUCUAAACUAUGCAGACAGAUUCCAGGAAUUCAACAUGAAAAUAUAUCUGGGAUUGAUCCAGGCUGUUUGGGAGUUUUGCAGAUCUUUGCGUUUGGCAGGAAAUAGCUUGACAUAUAUCCCCAGAGGAGCAUUUGCUGGACAGUUUAGACUUAAAGUAUUAAUGCUUCAGAACAACCUGUUAAGUCAAGUUCCUUCUGAAGCACUUCAGAACCUACACUCUCUCCAGUCUCUACGGCUUGAUGCUAACCAUAUUAGCUUCAUACCUCCCAACUGUUUCAGUGGCUUGGUGUCACUCAGAUACCUGUGGCUAGAUGAUAACUCUUUGACUGAAAUUCCAGUGCAAGCUUUCAGAGGUUUGCCAGCACUACAGGCAAUGACUCUUGCACUCAACAAAAUCUACUACAUUCCAGAUUAUGCUUUUCGAAAUCUCUCCAACUUAGUAGUGCUGCAUCUCCAUAACAAUAGAAUCAACUUCUUGGGAAAGAAAUGCUUCGAUGGCCUCCAUAGCCUAGAGACUUUAGAUUUAAAUUACAACAAUCUAAAUGAAUUUCCCACUUCUAUCAAUGUCCUCAGAAACCUGAAAGAACUCGGAUUUCAUAAUAACAACAUUAGGUCAAUACCUGAACAGGCAUUUAUGGGCAACCCAUCACUUACAGCAAUCCAUUUUUAUGAUAAUCCUAUCCAGAUUGUGGGAAAGUCUGCUUUUCACCAUUUACCUGAACUCAGAACCCUAACAUUAAAUGGUGCUUCAGAGAUGACAGAAUUUCCUGAUUUGACUGGGACCACAAACCUGGAAAGCUUGAUUCUUACAGGAGCUCAGAUCACAACUCUUCCAGAAUCAAUAUGUGAGCAUCUCCCUAAUCUCCAAGUACUAGAUCUUUCAUAUAAUCAUCUGGAAGAAUUGCCCUGUUUCACAGCUUGUGAAAAACUUCAGAAAAUUACUUUACAUCACAAUGAAAUAUACGAAAUCCACGUGGGUACAUUUCAACAGCUGGUCGCCCUCCGUUCCCUGGAUUUAGCUUGGAAUAAAAUCACUAUUAUUCAUGCCAAUGCAUUUUCUUCUUUACUAUCCCUUAUUAAAAUGGAUCUGUCAUCCAACCUUUUGUCUUCUUUUCCUAUAACUGGUCUACGUGGCUUAACUCAUUUAAAAUUAACAAGAAAUUAUCCACUCCAAAGUUUAAUAUCAUCUGAAAACUUUCCAGAACUCAAAGUGAUAGAAAUGCCUUAUCCUUAUCAAUGCUGUGCCUUUAGAGCACAUGACAACUACUAUAAAAUCCAAAAUCAAUUGAACAAAGCUGAGAAUGGCAGUGCUGAUGAAUUUCAAAAGAAAGAUAGUAGCAGGUUCCAUACAAACGAUGAAUAUGAUUUUGAGGAUUUUUCUCUUGACUUCAAUGAUGAUCUGAAAACUCAUCAUUUAGUUCAGUGUUCUCCUUCUCCAGGACCUUUCAAGCCCUGUGUUUGCCUCUUUGAUAGUUGGCUGAUCAGAGUUGGAGUUUGGACCUUAAUACUUUUAGCAUUUAUUUGUAAUAUAUUGGUUAUUGCAACAAUCUUCCAAGUUCCAUUGUUCAUCUCCUCCAUAAAGUUUAUAAUUGGACUAAUAGCUAUUGUAAAUACUCUCAUGGUUGUGUCUAGCUGUGUGCUUGCUAGUGUGGAUGCAUUAACCUCUGGAGUCUUUGCUCAAUAUGGAACUUGGUGGGAAGAUGGAAUUGUUUGUCAUAUCAUUGGAAUUAUCUCUGUCUUUGCUUCAGAGGGUUCUAUUUUCUUGCUCACCUUAGCAACUGUUGAGCGUGUGUUCUCUGUGAAAUAUAGAACAAAAUUUGAAACCAAACACACUCUAACUAACAUAAAAAUAGCCAUCAUCUUUUGUUUUGUACUGGCUUUAAUAAUUGCUGUGAUUCCAGUGCUCAGUGACAGUGAAUAUGGAGGUUCUCCCUUAUGCAUACCACUACCUUUUGGAAGACCAUCAGGUGUCGGUUAUACAGUUGCAAUGGUCUUAAUAAACUCUUUUUGUUUUCUUAUAAUGACAGUAGCAUACACAAAACUCUACUGUAGUCUGGACAAGGGAGAAAUGGACAGUAUUUUGGAUUGUUCCAUGAUCAAACACAUAGCCUUAUUACUUUUUAUUAACUGCAUUCUCUAUUGUCCUGUGGCCAUCUUAUCAUUUUCAUCAUUAUUAAACCUGCAUUUUAUUGGCCCAGAAGUCAUCAAACCAAUACUUUUAGUGAUUGUUCCCCUUCCUGCAUGUUUAAACCCACUUCUCUACAUACUUUUUAAUCCUCAUUUCAGGGAAGAUCUGAGAAGCUUUCAAAAGCAGUCAUUUGGAUGGAAAACAUCAAAACAUGCUAGUUUGCUCUCUGUCAAUUCAGAAGAUGCAGAGAAACAGUCAUGUAAUUCAACCCAAGCUCUAGUAACCUUUGCAAGUGCCAGAAUAUCAUAUGAUGUUGUUCCCAGCAAUCCAGUAGUGCCAUCAUCCUGCCAAUUAAGUGAAAGCUGCAACCUUUCAUCUAUCACAUUUGUCCCAUGCCACUAACUUCAUUUCAAAGGUAUUGGUGAGGUUUACAAAAUAAAAAAUAAAAAAAUAGAUGAAUGUGCAUGUAUUGCUUAUAUAGAGAGAAGCAACCAACUAUUCUUAUUUUAUAGGAAAUAAAACAGAAAUUGUGAAAUUUCAGUACGUACCCAAUAUUAUGUUUUUUUCUAAAACGCACAGGCUGGUUAUCUUUUAGUAUCCUGAAAAAUUCCAAAGGCUGGUAGCAUUUAUGCAAUGGACUGAAUUUUGCAAAGGGAGCAAGGAGAGGAGGAGGAAAGCAAAUUCUAAGGAAAGUAAAUAAAGUUUCCUUCUGGGGAUAUUUUUGUUGUAAUGAAACUUCCACUCAACUACUCAAACUAGAGAGGGAAUAAUAUGGCAAAAAAAUCCUACAUAUAGGUAACCCUCUAUAACCAACUGCUUUAUUUAGCGACCAUUCAAAGUUACAACAGCAUAAAAAAACAGUUUUAGACCAGUGUAAUAUGGGUAGUCCUCAAUUUACAGCCAUUCCUUUAGUGACUGUUCAAAGUUACAACAACAGUGAAAAAAAGUGAUAUGAUUGGUUUUCACACUUAACAAUUGUUGCAGCAUCACCAUGGUCAUGUUCAGUUGCUUGGCAACUGGCAUGUGUUUAUGAUAGUUGUAGUGUCCUGGAGUCAUGUGAUAACCAUUUGUAACGUUUCCAGCCAAUUUCCAACAAGCAAAGUCUCUGGGGGAAGCCAGAUUCAUUUAAUGACCACAUGAUUCACUCAGCACCUAUGGCAAAAGUCAUAAAAUGGGGCACAACUCAAUAACUCUUGCUUAGCCAAGGAAAUUUUGGGCUUAAUUGUGGUCAUACGUUAAGGACUACCUUUAUAUAGCUGAGCUGCUCUCAAUAUACUUUUUGCAAUAUGUCUGAAAGCCAAAAAUGUUACAUGUAUAAAGGAAUCCUGAAAACAGAAAAUACCAAAUAGAAAUGGCUUCUGAUCUUUGCAUAACUUGUUGGCAUCUGAGAUUCAGUUGUAUCUUAGGAUUAACUUAGUGGACUUGUUUAGAAGAAUCAUAGGAAUGAUAUGAAUAGAAUAACUUACAUUGAAGGUCUGUGCUGUCUGAAUUUUAUCCAGUUGACAUGCAUUCAUGGAAAUAACAUGAAGAAAUUAUGCACAAAAUAUAUAUUUUUUAAAUCUUAUAUUUUGAAACAGUGAAGCCUGGAGAUGGAAGUCUAUUCUUCAAACCAUGUCAAAUUAGAGAUCAUCUGCCAAUUCUUGAAAACAUAUCUUACUACUUUAUUUAAUUUUUUCACAGUGGUUUGGUAAUAUGUAAAUUUUCUCUUAUGACUGCAUUUACAUUUCUAUACAAAUUUAAAAAGUGAAAUAAAAACAUUUAAGAAUUACUUUAAUAUUAAAAAUAAACAGCAGAUAACAUAAAUCAGGAUGCAAUGCAUAAUAUUAUUAAAUUGCUUAAAAAUAAUUCAAAUAUAAUUUGGAAAUAUUAAAAUUCAUUUCAGAGAAGAUCUUAAAACAAUAUGUAAAUAUAGAUUUAUCUUUAUAGUGAAAUCAUACUCAAAUACGAAAAUAAGGCAUGUCGUUUCAUGUUGCUUUAAUUACUAGAUUUCUAUUUCUAGCUCAUAUCUGUUUAAAUUUGUGAUCUUUAAAUAUGUAAAUUUCUACUGAUUGUAAAUACUGUUGUUUUUUUUCUACUGAUGUUUGAAACAUGUAAUUUGUAAUAAAAUUUGCAAUAACUCCAGAAGGAUCAUUUAGUC